GAGGCCAACGAGGUACAUGUUAGGUAUUUCUCCUGACGAGUCUGGAGCUCAGCAGCAGACACUGGCAAUCAGGAAAGUGCCUGACAUCUCGGGUGCGGAUUGACUAUGUGCAUAGUGCAGAGGCACAACUGCCAAGACUGCCCGCCGCUCUGCUCGCCUCGGGUGUUACUCUUCCGCGCGCCUUCGUCCGUGCCAAUGGAGAAAUCACUGUCCUGCAAUUCCCCUCAUUCCUGUUUACCGAUCUCGACUUUGUCCGAACAAAAUUGCCCCGAAUCACACCUCAUCUCCACUAGCCCCUCCCCACAACGGAACGGAACUACCCAAGGAGCGGCUACAAUGAUUAGCGCCUUCUUGUUGUGUGCUCUUGUUGUGGGGGAGGCUUGCUCUAAACGGGGGAUCCCCGAAUGGCGCUGUGAUGCCCAGCGAUGGCGUUCGCUGCGAGUUUGACCGAGCUCCAGAAGCUUUUAUCGUUCCUUCUGCGAUCCGCCAAUCUCCAAGGCUCAACGUUGCGAAUCGGUACCAGGGUUGAGAUGGACGCCAGAUUGAACAAGCGUUGCGCGAUGCCCGGGAUCCGCAGCUCGCAUCAUCGUC